UGAAACCAUGACGGGUUUGUGGUCGACGAUAAAGUCGGCGGCACCCGCACUUGGGGGGCACGCGAACGACAGUAGCGCGAGGACCGCGGAAACGAGCACCACGCGGUCUCCUUCGCCCCCAAGGGUUCUCGGCACCCCUCCAUCCUCACGGCCCUCUCUACCCAGGCCUUCUAGCUCCCUCGAUGCUCGAGGUAUGUCUAAGCCUCGAUUUUCAUUACCCAUCGGCUUCCUGUUGGUCCAGAUACGCGGAUAGGCACUGCGAGGUUCUCCGGUUCCCGAACACCCGGAGCCAAGCCUCGACGACACCACAAUCCACUCGAAGCCCCGUCACAAAGAGCCCCUCGAGGCUCUCCCGCAACAGCACCAGCACCGUGCUCUUGGAUAAAGUCCGGGGCAAGGACAGAGAUGCCGAGGGCAAGGAUGCGGGCGAGCCCGGUAACACCACCACUGCAACUGCGGGGGCGACAAACGGUACCAGCAGCAGCGUGGACAUUGUUCGAAACACGGCAUCGGGGACGGCGCAUACGCCUAGUUCAAACUCCGCCAUCGAUCCCUUGUCGCAGCACAUCUUCAUGCGGAAAAACACCGAACCCUCGAUCCCCCAACGACUGACCCAGAUGGCCGAGGGCCUUACCCGCGCCAGUUCCGAAUUCUCGAGGAAUGCGAUACCAACGGGCGAGUUACCCAAGGACAAAAGCGGCAGGAAAGGGAGCUCGUUCUUGAGCAAACUACACAUACGCGGCGGGCGGAAGAAGGACUUUGGGGACCCUGACUCCGACUCGGAGCUCGGGAGCGAGGCGCGGAUGGACGGGAUCAAUGCGCGCGUCUUCAGCCAAACGCUGGGCAGCCCCUUGAUCGGCGGCGGUUACGUGCCCCGUCACAAGGAGCCGCCACGAUACAUUCGAACCCGGCCGAGCAACAAACGGACCCGAGAGUUCGACCGCAUGUUUCUCGCCCAAGAGUUGGUCGGGACACGGCCGCCGGAGAACGAAGACGACUUGCCUACCGAGGUGGGGAAGGCGCCCACAGUGUCCGUCAGUGUGGCCGGCGUGAACGAUAGGAAGACGAUGAGAACCGGAGGCGCCAUCUGGGCAACCGAAUUCAGCAAGGACGGCCGAUUCCUCGCGACAGCGGGCCGCGACCAUGUGGUCCGGGUUUGGGCCGUGCUCUCGACCCCCGAGGAGCGCCACGCGUAUGAGGAGGACGAGGCCGUCAACGGGGGCGCUGGAGAGAGGCUUAGCGCGCCUGUGUUCAGGGACCAACCAGUCAUGGAAUUUCGGGGCCACACCGGGGAAGUGCUUGACCUCAGCUGGAGCAAGAACAAUUUCCUGUUGUCGUCCUCCAUGGACAAGACGGUACGCCUAUGGCACAUGAGCCGUUCCGAUUGUCUCUGCGCGUUCAAGCACAAGGACUUUGUGACGCGGUUAGCGUUUCAUCCGCGCGACGACCGCUUCUUCCUGGCUGGUUCCUUGGACACCAUGCUCCGUUUGUGGAGCAUCCCCGACAAGGCGGUGGCGUUUUCGGCCCAGUUACCAGACCUCGUCACGGCGGUUGCGUUCUCUCCGGACGGGAAGGUCGCCAUUGCAGGCUUGUUGAACGGAUUGUGCAUGUUUUACGAGACUGAGGGGCUGAAGCUGAGCUCGCAGGUUCACGUGCGGUCAUCCCGGGGUAAGAACGCGAAGGGAAGCAAGAUCACCGGGAUCCAGACCAUGAACAUCACGCCGCCGAACGCGCUCGAUACCGCCGGCUCGCAAGCGCCAGGCUCGGCUUCGGCGUCCGUCGUUUCGGCGGAUAUGCCAAGUUCCAGUGAGGUUCGGGUGCUCAUCACGUCAAACGACAGUCGCAUACGGAUCUACACCCUGCGCGAUAAAUCUCUUGACGUCAAGCUGAAGGGGCACGUGAACUUAUGUAGCCAGAUCGCAGCGACAUUCUCCGACGACGGAAAGCACGUCAUCUGCGGUAGCGAAGACCGGAAGACCUUCAUCUGGAGCCUGUCUGGGUGUGAUGCGACGGUCCUGGAAAAAGACAAGUCACCGUGCGAGUACUUUGAAGCGCACGGGGAUAUUGUCACCACGGCCCUUUUCGCACCUACGAGAACAAGAAUGCUGCUUAGCCAUAGCGGUGACCCGAUAUAUGACUUGUGCAACCCGCCUCCUGUGGUACUCCAGAGCCUUGAGGAGGCCGCCAGCGCUGCUGCCAGCCAGGUCGCUCUCACCAAUGAUUCACAAACUGCACCGCUCACUGAGCCGAUGUCCAAACGGCCCGAGCUGAGCCCGGCCUACAUCGCGCGGUCGACGCACUACGACGGCCACAUCAUCGUUACCACCGGCGACACGGGGAUCAUCAAAGUUUUCCGGCAGGACUGCGCAUUCGCGAAGCGGCGGCACGAGAGCUGGGAAACAGGCAGCACAUUCAGCCGCAAGCUCACCGCCGGCGGCAGCUACGUCGGCGGCGGGCUGGGCCGGAGUGGAAGUGUACGGACGCGGACAAGCGCCGGCAGCACUGCGCACAGCCGGCGCGGAUCCCUCAGCCAGCCCGUCCCGCCCGGCGGCAUACCCGGCGCCGCCCAACUACACGCCGCAGGCAUACCCUCGGACCACAUCCUCACCUGGCGACAAGGCAUCGAGAGUGGCAGCGACAGACGCUCUGCUCUACUAGCCUACGGCGGUAGCACCCCCGCACGCAGCGAGCGCUCGCUCAGCCCGACCAAAGCCAGCCGCACCUCGCUCAACUCGGCGUACAACCUCGCCAGCGAGGCGCGCAAGCAGCCCUACGUGGGCGCCUCACCAGCGCGAAACCGCGCUAGUAGCGCCCUGACCAGCCCCGCGGCCAGCGUCUUCAGCAACCCGCCCGAGCGCCUCUCGUCGCGCCUGGUCAAGGACCCCCACCACCACCACCGGCCGGCCACGGCGCGGCCCAGCUCCAAACACCAACAGGAAACGGAACCGACGGCCCCGCCCAUGCCGGGCUUCACGCUGCACUCUGUCGCCGCCGACGACGAGCCACAGGAGCAGGAGCACUCCUCUCCGUCGGAUCAGCCUGCGAGCGGGAAUACCUCGUUCUGGAAGCUGAACCGGUGGCGCGGGAUUACGGCGUUCAAGGCCGGCUCGUCGUCGGGUGGUCAGGGAUCUGGCAAUGCGCGAACGAAGAGCAGUGGGGGGCGGCCGUCGCUUUCGAAGUCGAGGCGUCAGACGGAGAGUUCGUGCGAUGAGAGGGAGGUGGAGAAUAAAAGGUGUAGGCGGCCGAGUGGAGGGGUGUUGUCGGUUGAGGGGGGUGGUGGUGGUGAUGGGAAGGCAGUGCCGCGUGAAGACAUGUUACAUGAGGGGAGUGAUUCGGAUUCGCCCUCUGUGCCGGCCGACGGUGGAGCGGAUAAGGCGCCACGGCAGCCCCAGGGUGAUGGGUCUUCGUUCAAGGGGCAUUCCCAUGCCAGACGGCUGAGCUCGAUGUGAGCCGACUGCAAGUGGCGCAAGCCUGACUGUCCGCACAAGAACGCGGCAAGGUUGUGGAAGUUGCAUAUUGUUGUUUUUUUCGUUUCAGCGCGGCGCUUUUGUACCCAUGGCAGCAUAUACGGCGUGGAUCUACGUUUUGUUUCGAGC